AUGUCUGAGAUCAAAUCAGUCGCUCUUGCUGGUGCAACUGGCAAUCUGGGACCUCAUGUCCUCAAAGCCCUUGUCGACGCGAGCUUUGCCGUCACUGUUCUCACCCGUUCCAAAAAGUCAGGGGCAGAUCAGACGACGGCCAAAUUUGUCCAAGUCGACUACACAUCCGUCGAGUCCUUGACUGCCGCCCUCAAAGGGAUCGAUGCGCUCGUGUCCACCGUGGCGGGUGAGGCCAUCGAGAACCAAACCGUCCUUAUCGACGCCGCCAUCGCCGCCGGGGUGAAGCGUUUCAUCCCCUCCGAAUAUGGCACUGUCACGACCAGCCCCAAAGUCGAAAACUUGCCCGUCUAUGCCUCGAUGUUCAAGAUCAAGCGCUAUCUUGAAGAGAAGGCCAAGGCGGGAAGGCUGACUUGGACUGUCCUUGCAUGCGGUGGCUUCUUAGAGUUCUUGUUUGGGUCUCCCGCGCUUCUUGAUUUUGCUAAUCACAAGGCUGUCUUGUUCGACGAGGGUGACAACAGGAUUAGCUCCACGUCGCUGCCUGUUAUCGGGAAGGCUAUUGUUGGAAUUUUGAAGAAUCUCGAGGCCACGGAGAACAGGGUUGUGCGAGUUUCCGAGGUCAUCUUGACGCAGAACCAGCUGCUGCGAAUCGCACAAGAGCUGAGACCGGAUAUCAACUGGCAAAUUACCCGGGUACCGGCAAGUGCAGUGCUGAAAGAGGGCCUGGAUGGACUCAGCGCCGGUGACUUUAGCACAGCCGCUAUUUUGAAGGUGAUAGGGGGUACAGCUUUUGCUGGUGACGCUUACGGCGCCGCUUAUGAUGAGAACGACAACGAACUUCUUGGUAUCAAAGAGCUGACGGAAGAAGACUUGAAGACACUUGUUGCUGGAAAGCUCGCAUAG